GCGGAAGUGAAAUGCGCCGCGUACUGUCCACGCGACGCGGUACUGUUUUUGAAAACAAUGUGCCUGAAGCAGAAAGGCCCUCAUGUACCCCACACCUCUCUGCUCUCACGCGGGCCGUGGGUCGUUCUCUGAUGUGUAUGAACCGGCCGAAGAUUCAUUUCUUCUCAUCGAUGCUUUGGAGAAGGAUGCUGACAGACUGAAGGGAAACAAACCUUCGGUGUGUCUGGAGGUGGGCAGCGGCUCUGGUGUUGUAUCCGCCUUCCUAGCGUCAGUCGUUGGGUCAGACGCUGUAUAUCUCUGCACAGAUAUAAAUCUCACAGCUGCUCAUUGUACGCUCGAGACAUCUCAGCGUAACGGCCUCGAGCUGCAGCCCAUCGUCACUGACCUGGUUGAGUGUCUUUUGCCCAGAUUGAAUGGAAAAGUGGACGUGCUGGUGUUUAAUCCUCCGUAUGUCGUCACACCUUCAGAGGAGGUGGGCAGCUGUGGAAUCGAAGCAUCCUGGGCCGGAGGGAUAUGGGGUCGAGAGGUGAUGGACAGGUUUUUUCCCAUGAUUCCACAGCUGUUAUCCGAUCACGCACUGUUUUAUCUGGUGACUGUGUCUGAUAAUAACCCAGAGGAGAUUGUGGCUCUGUUGGGAGAAAUCGGGCUGAAAGGAGAAACGUGUUUGUCCCGUCAGGCUGGACGAGAGAGACUUUCCGUACUGCGCUUCAGCAGUAGUGAAGAUACGUCAUGAGGAGAGGACGGUUCAUUAACACAAGACUUUAAAACACACGAGUUUGUAAAUAUAUUCAUCUAUUUUCAGUUUUUCAUCUGAUUGAAUUCUGUGAACAGGUGCACUGUAAAAACUCAUCCCCUUGAAAAUGUACACAAUAAAAGAUUUUUAUAAGAAUUAUAAUAAAAGUCAGACUCUUUAACUUUUUGACAUAAGGCUGAACUAUCAGCUGUUGUAAAUGCAGUUGUUUGCCUGUAAAGUUUGACUAACGCAGUAAACACAGAUUGUACU